AUGGCGAAUUCUAUCGAGAGAUCGAAAUCAAGACGGGAUCAUCAAGAAGCACCUAUACAUAGCGCCGGACCAUUGGAAGAAGACGGCGGUUCUAUCCAUACAGAUAAGUUCACAUCAGAAGGUGGACUUAUUCGAUCCUGGCCAAGCGGCAGGGACCCAUAUUACCCAAACCCAUCAUCAGUAUUCCACGGUUGUCUGCGUCAUGAAUAUGUGAUACACACUUGGAACAAGCAAGCUGUGGAUCUAAGUCGUGAUGACACUUAUGAGAUAGCUGUACAGAAACACGUCUACAACAAGUGGUUCGAGGGUAUAGAAUUUAUCAAAGAUGGAAAGGUCUACAUAAUUGGCGCUGACAUUCCACUUUCUAGCGAUAAAUAUGGUCGUGGUACCACAGAAUAUACAUAUAUUGUUAAAAUUGAUGGGUAUACAUUCAUUGUAGGGCAGCCUUUGAAAGAUUCAGAACGUCGCCUUCAAAUGGCGAAAACUUCUGGAACCUACCGAAAUCGCACCGUCGUCACAUUCUCAGGUUUCCACAAGAAACCCAGCUACAACGCUACUCUUUUGGAUGAGACUCAUCCAAUGUACGACUGUGAUGCAAAAUAUGAGCCCUGGAGAGGACCCGCAAUGAUCAAAGAAAAGAAGAUAUGUCAUGGAGGAAGGGAGAUCAUACAAUUAAAUAGGAUUUUGCGCCGAGUGAUUGAUAUUACUUGUCUCCGAACUUGCAAGAAAUUCUUCAAAUUCGGAUCUGAAAUUCUUUACCGGAAAAACAUCUUCAAGUUUCCUGUAGAGACUAUCGGGCCCUACAGACAUGAAACAUGUUGGAUCGAAGGAGAGUUUUACAAACCUGAUCGUGAAAAGCCGGAACUUGGUCAACUGUAUGAUUGGCCACAAGCAAUUCCCUAUGUCAUGGAGCAGAUUCGGCAAGACGUUCCACUAAGAGAAUUAGCUGGCUGGGCGUAUCACGAUUUAUUCCUCCGCUUUCUCUACGUCAUUCAUCCAAGAAAUGUAGACCUGAUAAAGCAUUUAUACUUCUGGGGAACAGCACCACUGCACAGCUGCAAUUCAAAGUUUCGCGAUGGCAGAUGUCCCAAUUGCCCCGACAAUUUAUUUCCCGAGAUGUGCAUAUAUAUCCAAUUCAUCAACGAACUGUGUCCAAGUGUGGAGAGUGUAACAUUGGAAAUUGAUGCACCGGCGUGUUCCGAUGCAUACGAUAGUGAUUUCUCUCUAUCAAAGGAGAGAGACUAUGAGCAUUCGAUUACACCAUUCUUGAUGAAUCAGAUUCGGGAGCUCAAAUAUGUUAAGUCGUUGACUCUUCGUUCUUGGGACACGGGUGGGUUAAAAUAUGCCUAUGAUAAUCCUGAUCGGGUUCAUGGCGCUCAAGAUUUGGACUUUCCAAUUGCAAAGGAAACAAUUAAAUGGUUCAAAGACAGGGCGAUAAGCUGGGCGAAGGAAGAGCAGUAG